AUGCUCAAGGCGGUGCAGCGCCUCGCGGCCUCUGGGAACCCCCAAACCAACGGCAAGCAGCAGCCCGGCGUGGCGCCCGCGUCUGCUGCGGGCGCGGGUAGCGCUGGGCCGCACCCCAGCAAUCCACCAGAGGCCCCUGCUAGCGCGGGCGGCCAACCCCAGCAGCGCACGGCCGGCGCCGUGGCCCGGCUGGUGUCGCCACCUUUCGGCGGCACGGACUGGGACUGGCUGCGCUUCUGGUUGGGCUGGCUGGUGGCGCCGGGUGUGCUGGUGGCGCUGCAGGUCGUGGAGACGUCGAGCCACGAGCCGUGGUUCGUCGUGCACGUCGCCUGGCUAGGCUUCCUCAGGCUGGCCGCCGAGCUAUACGCGUUGUAUGUCGCGGGCUUCACAGACCUGAGCUCCGCCGAGCAGCUCGACAAGCUUGUCGUGUCCCACGCGGUUCCCGCGGCCGUACACCUCGUGCUCGCCGCCCUCCAGGCGAUGUUUGCGCCGCUCAUGCCGCGCGCGCUGCUGGUCGCGCUCUUCUGGCUGCGCUGCCUGGUCGUGCCGCUGCUCAACCUGUGGGCGGUGUACUCGUCGUGGCUGCCGGACGGCGGCGCCGGCGGCGGCGGAGACCGCGGCGGCCUGGAGCGGCGGCGGCGGCGGCGGCACCACCACAGGCAGCAGCUGGCAGCCCUUGCGCAGCAGGCAGGAGCGGCGGCGGGCGGCGGCCGCGGCGGCGGCGGCGGCAGCAGCGGCGCGGGUGCGGCCGGCGAGGAGGCCGGGGCGGCGGCGUCGCAACAGGCGCUCGCGCAGGGGGCAGGGUGGCACGGGCAGACGCCCGGCGGCGGGUGGCGGGAGGGCGCGGACGGGCACGGCGGCGGAGGCAACGGGGGCGCGGCAGCGGCGGCGGCGCCGACCAGCCGGCCCGUGCACUGGCCGCCGCCGCUGUUCAUCCCUCGGGACCUGGAUGACGUGUGCCCCAUCACGCUGGCGCUCAUGCGGGAGCCGACGCAGGCGACAAGCGGCAUCACCUACGAGCGCACCGCCAUCGUGCAGUGGCUGGAGACCAGCCGCUUCGACCCCGUCACGCACGCGCCGCUGCGGCGCCGCCACCUCAGCCCCAACCUGACGCUGCGCGUGCUGAUGGAGCCCUGGCUGCGCGACAAAACGCAGGACCUGCGGCGCCAAAAGCGCACGCGCACACCGGCCGAGGGGGCCGCGGGUGACGGCGCCUCGGGCGACGGCGCUGCGGGCGACGGCGCUGCGGGCGACGGCACUGCGGGCGACGACGCGGCCUGCAAUAGUGUAGCCGCCGGCGCUGAUGCCUUGCAGCUAGAGGCGGCGGUCGGCGGGCGAGCAGAGGCGCGGCAUGAGCAGGAGAGAGAUUUUGGAGGAGAAACAGGGGCAGGGGCCACGGUGAUGCAAGGUGAGGAUGUGCAGCAGCAGCAGCACGGCGACGGCGGGGGAGCGGGGCAGCAGCAGGGCCAGGCUGAGGUGCGCCCGUGCUUGCAGCCGCAGCAGCGGCUGCAGCGAGCUGACCAUGCCGGUGACCGUCGAGGCAACGGCAACGAGCAGUGGCGCGAAGAGCACCGCGCGCUCUCAGAGCCACAGCAGCCGCCUUCGCCGCAGCCGCUUGCUGGCCAAGCCGAGUGGCCGCAGCAAACGGUGGAGCACCCGCGAGAGUCGGAUUCUGACCAUGGGUCGGCGCAAGACCCCCAAACCAGCCAAGCUGCCAGCGACGAGGCGCGGCCGCCGCCCGGCAACGGGCGCAUCCACCGCAGCAGCGGCGGCAGCAGCAGCGCCUGCGGUUCGGCGGCGGGCGGUGGCGGGGGGGACGUGGACGGUGAGGGCGACCACGCCCGCCAGGGCCGCGGCCGCGCCGCCACGGGUGGGGGCUGCGGUGCAGCGGCGUGCUCCUGUGCUGUCUAA